AUGUAUAGAACCACAGCUUCUCGCCUUAGGGCUCUUAAGGGCCGAAUGGGGCAUAGAGGAUUGGCUAGAUUUGCAAGUACAAGUGCUGUUGCAACCAAAUCAACAUCAGGUGGUUUCUUUAGCUGGUUGAUGGGUGAACGAUCCUCUUCUGUUCUGCCUCUAGACUUCCCUCUUAAGGAUAUUGCUCUUCCGCCGCCACUGCCUGACUAUGUUGAGCCAGGAAAGACCAGGAUAACCACUCUUCCAAAUGGUCUCAAGAUUGCUUCUGAAACAUCAGUGAACCCUGCAGCUUCAAUUGGAUUAUAUGUUGAUUGUGGCUCAAUCUACGAAACUCCGGCUUCAUUUGGAGCCACGCACCUCUUAGAACGUAUGGCUUUUAAGAGUACAACUAACCGGAGCCACUUGCGUAUUGUGCGUGAAGUUGAGGCAAUUGGUGGCAAUGUGACUUCUUCAGUCUCUAGGGAGCAUAUGAGUUACACCUACGAUGCUCUGAAGACUUAUGUUCCUCAAAUGGUCGAGCUCCUUGUUGACUGUGUGAGGAACCCUGCUUUUUUAGACUGGGAGGUUAGCGAACAGCUCCACAAGGUGAGUGCUGAGGUUAGUGAGUACUCGAAAAAUCCUCAACAUGUACUUUUGGAGGCUAUUCACUCAGCAGGUUACUCGGGUCCCUAUGCAAAUUCUCUUUUGGCUUCAGAAUCUGCAGUAAACAGAUUGAAUAGUACAGUUUUGGAGGAGUUUGUUGCUGAAAAUUACACUGCUUCCAGGAUAGUCCUUGCCGCGUCAGGUGUUGACCAUGACGAGCUAAUAAAAUAUGCAGAGCCACUUCUAUCUGACUUACCCAAUGUACCCCGCCCUUCGGAGCCAAAGCCUGUUUACACUGGUGGUGAUUUUCGCCAUCAAGGAGAUUCAGGGAUGACUCACUUUGCUCUUGCCUUCGAACUUCCUGGAGGCUGGGCCAAGGAAAAGGAUGCCAUAAUUUUGACCGUUCUUCAGAUGCUUAUGGGAGGAGGUGGAUCUUUCUCAGCUGGCGGUCCUGGAAAGGGAAUGUACUCGAGAUUAUAUCUGCGUGUCCUCAAUGAGCAUCCCCAGAUACAGUCCUUUUCUGCAUUCAGUUCCAUUUACAAUCAUACUGGAUUAUUUGGAAUUCAAGCUUCAACUGGAUCUGAUUUUGCGACAAAUGCCAUUGAUAUAGCAGUUAGAGAACUCGUUUCAGUUGCUACUCCAGGAGAAGUUGACCAAGUACAGCUAGACCGUGCUAAACAAUCGACAAAGUCUGCCAUUUUGAUGAACCUGGAAUCCAGAGUACACAUUUUCUUUCUUCAAUUUAAAUCCAAAAUCUGUUGA